UCGAAAAAUUGUUGAUAAAACCUAUCAAAACAAAUAAUAUUGUAAUAAAAUUAGAAUAUAAGGAAAUAUUAUACGGAAAGGAUGAUUUGUACAAAAUUAUAAAAGAAUGUAAAAUAAUUGGAAAUAUAACAAUAUGUAAAAAUGAUAAUAUUAUUAGUUUAAAAAAUUCUACCUGCAUACCAAACCUUCUAAGAGGAAAGAAUUCAACAUGCAACAUGACGAGCAGUUAUCACAUUCCAACAGUAGAACAACUAACAAACGGAGUAAUCCUCCUCAAUCAGCAUGCUGGUAAUAUCACCAUCGAUAACGAGCAGCUCAACACCAAUGGGACAUAUGUUAUCAAAUUCCAUGGUUCCUCAAUAAUAAUAGAUGGAGAAAAAUUUACUUCCAAGGAGCUAUCAACAGUGCAAGUACUUCCGGCAAUAUUACAACCACAGCAUAUCAUUAAACAAUUUCAGGAACACCUAUCAUUGGAGUAUUUAAAAACAAUCCACAUUAACAAUACCAGGCAAAUUGAUUUACUGAAACAAAGAAAUUUUUCUGGACCCACGUUAACACUUAUUAGUUUUGGCCCAGCUACAAUUGUCAUCACGUUUAUUAUCAUAGUAUUCAUCAUAAAAAUUUCGAGAAAAACCGGAACCAUAGUAAUCAAGAACAAUCCAGAAAUUAGCAGACCAUCCCCUACUACAACAGAAAAUACGGCACCACUGAAGACAACUACUAACACAACAUCAACACCCUGUAAAACACCUCAUAGUAAAACACCAAAACCUACCCAGAGAAAUUUUUAUCGCACCAUCAAAUUGUAACACCGAUUGAUUGGGGACAAUCAAUUUUUAAGCGGGGAGGAGUUAACACCCUAUAGUUUCUUUCUCAACGAUUAGCUACACGCGCCGUCCAAUUUUAGCUAAUUCAACAUUUAUUUCAUUUUAUUUCUCACAUUCUUUAUUGCAACAUUUUUUAUGCUGAAAUUAACUCAACUAAC